AUGGUCUUGCCCUUUGCUUUACUGGUGGCCCUGGUGGUGCUGAGCAGCAGAUCAGUGUGUUCCCUGGUCUGUGACCUGCCACACAGCCAUAGCCUUGGUAAUAAGAGGGCCUUGAUUCUCCUGGGACAAAUGAGGAGAAUCUCUCCUUUUUCCUGCAUGAAGGACAGAAAUGACUUCGGAUUCCCCCAGGAGCACUUUGAUGGCAGCCAGGUCCAGAAGGCUCAAGCCAUCUCUGCCCUUCAUGAGAUGACCCAGCAGAUCUACAACCUCUUCAGCACAAAGGACUCCUCUGCUGCUUGGGAGAAGACCCUUCUGCAAAAAUUCUGCACUGGUCUCUCUCAGCAGAUGAAAGACUUGGAAGCCUGUCUGACACAGGAGGUGGGGGAGGAAGAGCCUCCCAUGAUGCAUGAGGACUCCACCCUGGCUGUGAGGAAUUACUUCCACAGGAUCACUCUCUACCUGGAAAAGAAGAAAUACAGCCCUUGUGCCUGGGAGAUUGUCAGAGCAGAAAUCAUGAGAUCCUUGUAUUUAUCAGCAAACUUGCAGGAAGGAUUAAGGAAUGAGACUUGGUCCACCAUGUAA